UAUCAACCCACCACAAUUGUCAAUUGUCAUAAUGAGCUUCUCCGUUCUUUCCCAGUUGUCUUCCUUUCUCAGCCUUACAACAAUUUUGGUCCAAGCAUAGCAUUGAGAAAGGCAGGAAUCAAAGGGAAAUCGCGAAGAAGAUUAUUUGAUUAAGGCACCCAAAUCCCAAAUCCAGACCACUCUGGCCCUAUUGGCAGAUGCUGCGAGAGAGGCUAGAGUGUGUCGGUAGAAAGAAGUUUGAAGCUUGUCGGUUCUGGAAUAUUAAAUUUGAAGCCAUCUCGUUGGGGAGGGAGCUGAAAUUCUAAGGAUUUCCCCAGAAGGGUCCUCUCCAGAUCUACAUUUCUCACCAACAAUCCAAUACCAACAUUCCGCCCACCCCCAUUGUUCCUCUACCUCUCUCUCUCUCUCUCUCUCUCUAAAGGUCUUUCCUUUCCUAGUCUUGUCUGGCCUUUCAAUUGGGUCUGCUCUCCCUUUUAUCCUCAUACGUCUGGUCUCCUUCGCCGAUUUCUCCUUUGAUUUCCCGGCUCACCUGCGUUUCUUGCACAAGAGCCAGGUAUCCUGGAUUUCGCUUGUGUAUCUGCCUCUGUCUUUGUCACCAUUCCAUUAAUCCCCACAACCUUAGCCGAAGAAGAAGACAGUGAAUGCACCAAGUAAUGCGGUUGAAUUUGGGCUUUCCCACUAAGGGCUUGUGGAGUUUCAGGUGAAUUGGAAAGCAUUUUCCAGGACGGAAAAGAGGAAUCUUUGAUUUUCCGGCUGUGUUUGCAUGCGUUUAGUGCUGAAAUCUAUUACAAGAGGACCAAUUUUGUAUUGGGGCAAAAGAAGAAUGGGAGGGAGCGGUCCUUUCAUCCCAAUUCUGGGUUUUGCUUCAUGUGUGGUCUUCAUUUAUCUUUCAUUUGGUGACCUGUGGCCGGCGUAUCCUGUGGGACCGGCGUGGAGUUUUGUGCAGAGAAAUGGGACUCGGUUUGUGUUGGACGGCAAGCCGUUCUAUAUCAAUGGGUGGAAUUCGUAUUGGUUGAUGGACCAUUCCGCCGAUUACCAGAGGAAACACAAGGCUAGUGCAAUGCUGGAGGCUGGUUCAAAAAUGGGUCUCACCGUCUGUAGAACUUGGGCGUUCAAUGAUGGCGCCCACAAUGCACUUCAGGUCUCCCCUGGCCGAUUUGAGGAGAAUGUUUUCCGGGCGUUGGAUCAUGUGAUUGCUGAGGCGAAAGCACAUAAAGUUAGGCUGCUUCUUAGUUUAGUCAAUAACUUAAAAGCAUAUGGCGGGAAGGAUCGAUAUGUGAAGUGGGCAUGGGAAGAAGGCAUUGGUUUGAGCGCUUCUAAUGAUUCUUUCUUCUAUGAUCCAUCCAUCAAAAAGUACUUUAAGCAUUAUUUACAGACCAUGCUGACAAGGAAGAACACUGUCACGGGAGUCGAAUAUAGGAAUGAUCCAACCAUAUUUGCAUGGGAGUUGAUGAAUGAGCCCCGUUGCAUGACAGAUCCUUCUGGAGAUACUAUUCAAGAGUGGAUUGAAGAAAUGUCGGCUUAUGUGAAAUCAAUCGACAAGAAUCAUCUACUGACAGUGGGGCUGGAAGGGUUUUAUGGUCCUAAAAACCCCAAAAGACUAACUGUGAAUCCAGCAGAUUGGGCUGCAGACCUGGGAUCUGAUUUCGUUAGCAACUCAAAGGUUUCACACAUCGAUUUUGCCUCCGUUCAUAUAUACCCUGAUCAUUGGAUUGCUCAUCGAUCAUUUGAGGAUAAACUGACAUUUGUUUCGAAGUGGAUGCUCUCACACAUCGAAGAUGGUCACCAUGAGCUGAACAAGCCUGUCCUCUUCACCGAAUUUGGAUUGUCUAAUCUGAACAAGGACUUCCAACCAUCUCAACGUGACUGGUUAUACAAAACAGUUUAUGACAUCGUAUACAAAUCUGCUCAGAAAAAGGGAGCUGGAGGUGGUGCUUUGAUGUGGCAAUUAUUUGUGGAAGACAUGGACGAGAGUAAUGAUGAUUUCGGUAUCGUCCCAUGGCAAAGGGCAUCAACAUAUAAAUUGAUAACAGAGCAAUCAUGCAAGUUGGCAAAACUCCGAGGUGCCAUAGAAGAGAGCCAAAAUUUGAAAGAACUGUGUUUGCAGAAACAGUGAUGCAACAACCUUGAAGUUCAACACUUACCAAACUUUUGUGUGCACAAUUCUGUAUAAGAUGAACACAUUCACUUUUAGGCUUCUAGCUGUGCUCCUCUGAAUUUUAUACAGAUGUGGCAGCACGGGCGAAUUAGAUAUAGAGGUCAUCAUGAAAUCAAUAUGGGUGCUUUGCUGUAAAAUCUUCUAAAAUGAUCAUAGAGGAGAGAUUGGAUUUGAUAUUUAGGUGCUUUGCUG